AUGGCAGGUUCUAUCCUCCUGCAGAACGGCACAGUCCUCUUUCAUGAAGGAAAUAACGUUAAAUUCCUCCACAACCAUGAUGUCUUGAUCCAAGGAAACAAAAUAAACAAAAUCGGACGAGGCCUACAACCUCUGCCCAAUGGCAAACUGAUCGACUGCUCUGGGAAAAUCAUUUCACCAGGGUUCAUUGAUACCCAUCAUCAUUUAUGGCAAACCCAGCUAAAAGGAAGACAUGGCGAUCAAGUUCUUACAGACUAUAUGGUUUCAGGAAUGCUUCAAUCCUUCAAUUACGAAGCUGAAGACAUGUUCUGGGGCCAACUCGCAGGCUGCAUUGAGAGCAUCGAUAGCGGAGUGACCACCGUCGUAGACCAUGCCAACCUGACAUACUCCCCAGAACACGCUACCGAGGCCCUACGCGCCACCGCAUCAUCCGGAUUAAGGACCAUUUUCUGCUACGGAGUAAUGCCGCGGCUGAAAAAAUGGACGUCGGAGUUUGAAAUCGACAAGGAGGUCUUCCCCGGCUGGUGGCAUUCUACGCUUGAAACCCUGGCCAAGGCCCAGCCGUUUGGCAAGGAGCGGGUUCAGCUUGGUUUUUCGUUUGAUCUGUUUAAAUUACCAAGGGAGGUUGUUACCGAGGUCUGGACAAAGUGUCGGAAGUUGGGGUUGAAGAUUUUGACUACGCAUUACUCCUCGCCGGCGAUGCCUAACAGUAUCAAAAUGCUCUCCGACUACGGCCUCCUCGACAAGGACAUCAUCGUAUCUCACGCAAACAACAUAGCUGAAGUCGACGCCCGUACACUCGUCGACCACGACGUCUACAUUUCAUCCACCCCCGAAACAGAACUCCAAUUCGGCCCCGGAGACGUCGUUGCAUUCCGCGACGACAUCCGAUCUCACGCUUCCAUCGGCCUCGACUGCCAUUCCACCAACUCCACCGACCUGCUAACUCAAAUCCGAAUGUGUCUUCAGUAUUCACGCGCAAUGGUUGCUGUGAAGUCCUGGGAGCAAGAGGGGAAGCAACUGCCGAAACUGACGAUUAAACUCGAGGAGGCCUUUAACCUGGGAACCAUCCAAGGUGCCCGAGCAGUCAAUAUGGAAGAUCAAAUCGGAAGUAUUGCAGAAGGAAAGCUGGCCGAUAUCAUUGUAUUCGACACACAUAGCCCAGCCAUGGUUUGUGCAGCGGAGGAAAAUCCACUAGCUGCGGUUUUGCUGCAUGCUAGUGUGAGAGAUAUCGAGACUGUGAUUAUUGACGGAGUGAUCCGCAAAGAGGAUAAGAAAUUGUCGCAAAUUGAGAUUCUGGACGAGCCGAAUGGGAAAGUAGAAUCAAAGAUAAGUUGGAGCGAGCUUUCACGGAAUUUGUUGGAUAGUCGGGCGAGGAUUAAGAAGAGAGGAGAGGGUCAGGAUUUUGCAGUGGCGAAGAAAGCACUGUUUGGAGGCGCUUGA